AUGAAAUAUGCUCUUACGUUCAGCCUGUUGAUGUUGAUGCUAAUUUUAAUGGGACCGGUGUUGAUGACCAAUGCCCAAGUGGUCAAAGAGGAUGAUCUCAUCAUCUACUACAGUUUCAACAAAGACACCCUCAAGGGUGAUGAUGUCGUCGAUGUAUCCGGUAAUAAAAAUGACGGACUUAUCAAAGGCAACGAUAUUAAGUCAGUGAAAGGCAAGGUGGGGGAAGGCAUGGAGUUUCCCGGGGUGAGUUCAGAUUACAUUUCAGUUCGGGAACAUCAGUAUGCUGAUCCGAUUGAAGAGAUUAGCCUCGCCGCGUGGGUUAAGACGGGACAGAGAGGCAUGAUUGCGUCCUGGGAUCGGAGCGAAUUCUUCCGUUUUGCUGUCGGUGAUGACGUAGGUGGAAACAACGGCACAACUUUUGUUGCUUUUGACACCUGUUGUCCGUGCUGCCAUGACUGGUUCGGCAAAACGGACGUUGCGGAUGACAAAUGGCACCAUCUCGUCGCAACAUCUGAUGGUAAGGAACAUCGCAUAUACGUUGAUGGCAAAUUGGAUGAGAAGGCAGAUGCCCCCGCGAAAGUCAUUGGUGCAGGACUGGCGCGAUUCGGAUUCAUCGGAAUUGGCUCAGAAGCAGGUGCGUUUGAUGCAGCUACGGGACCAACAUGGGCGUAUGGUGGGAUUUUGGACGAGUUUAUGUUGUUCCACCGUCCACUUUCUGAGAAAGAGGUCAAACACCUUGCCAACGGACCUGAGAAUCCGUUUGCGGUCGAUCCCAACGGCAAAUUGAGUACAACUUGGGGCGAUAUUAAAGACAUCCAGUAG